GUUCAGGCAGAUGGAGGAAGUAACUCACACAGGAAGUUCUGUCAUAGUUGCAGUAAAAGAACACUUCCCUUAUGUGUGUUUCCCAUUUGCUGUUCUGACAUUACGAAGCUGCUCCUGAUGAGUGAGGACUGAGGUGUGGCAGGUGUUAAAAUAGACAUGUCUGCGAAGAAAAAAAGGCUUGGUUCACGUCGCCGUCUCGCUGAUCAAAGUGAAACCAAUACAGACUUCGGUAUUACAGACACUACCUCUGUAGCCCAAUGCCACAUUCCAGAAGAAAGAACUGCAUCAUUAAAUGCAACUGCCGAUUUACACGAAGCACAAUGCGAAACCCAACCGCCACCUUCUCCUGAUCUUUUGGGGAACCGAAGGAAAUUGGGCUCCAGUCGAAGGAGUAGAGUGCAGCCGAACCCAGAACCCACAGAGGAAGUAGAGCCCUCACGCAGGGGGGCCGCUCUGCAACCGGAGAGGCAGGCAGAUGUAUUACCGGAUUGUGCUUCUGAGGCUCCGCACGCUACUGUCACAAAACACUCCGAGGUGGACCUGGAAAGUUUCGGCUCCAUGAGUGAAAAAGAGACUCCCUCUGAGGGCACAUCGAACGCGUGUAGCUUUGAGGAAGCCACGCAGGAAGCAAAGAAAUCUGACCUCUGUCACACUGAUGAAGUCAAUGUAGGUGUCGGCGUCUCCGAGUUCGCUGGUGUCGUUUCGUGUGAAACAGAUCAGCAACUGAUUGAAUCAUCAAGUGGAAAGGAAAUAGUAGAAGAAAAACUGCCCAAUGUGGGUUCUGUAACAGAAAAACCAAGCGAUGACGAAACAGAAAUGUUCACCACAGAGAGCAUCAACGGAGCAGAAAAUACUGAGAUUGAAUCCAGUCUUCAGCAAGGAACCGUUUCAUCACCAAAGGGGGAGAUGCCUGCAGAGGUGGCACAACAUGAGCAUUUGAAUUCACCUGAAGUCGCACAGGCCCGUCAUUCAGAAGACGCUGUAAACAAAGUGCAUGAAAGUGAGAUUACGCUAAUGGGUAUGCGUCAGAUUGCUUACUCAUCUGAAAGUGAAACAAGCCAAGCUGAGCUGAUAGAGAAAAAUGUUCAUGAUUUUCCAAACAAUCAGAGUAUUUCCAUUCCUGACAGCAAACCGGAUGAACAUCCUGAAAAGGAACAGCUUGAAGAUUUACUGCUAAAAAGUGACAAUGAUCAUGUUUAUGAUACCAGGAAACCACGGAGCAGCGACAUAGAAGGAGAUGACACUGUUCUAGGUCAGGUAUUUGAGGUAGAAGACACAGUGCAUGAACAGGAUGUGGAGCCUGCAGAAAAUCAAGAAAAGCAUCAAAUAGAUUUCUCAUUUGAGAAAGUGACUCACGAUGCAACAGACAAUUCUGAAAUCAUUCCCAGAAACCUGAUGAACCAGGAUGGAAAUUUACGGGACACAAAUUUCAGGUUUACACCAGAUGAAGAACAUCCCAACGUGUGUUCAGUAACGGAAAAAGAAAACAUUGAAGGAGACGAGGACACAGAAUGGUUAAGGCAGGAUGGAAAUUUACCGGACACAUAUUUGCUGAGUGAAGACAUGGAGUCUUCUUUCCCACCAGAGAAAACCAGAGAAGAACAAAGCAGCAGAGAGCGUACAGGACCUGAGUGUAGUGGACAACUAGACAUUAUGUCACCACUGAAAGAGGAGGUGCACACAAAUGAGGGACAAGAUGACAACUCUAACUCACCUGAAGUCACAGGUGAUGAUCGUUCAGAGGAUGCUGUUGUCAAAGUGCAUGAACAAGAUGUUGAGUCAAGAGAAGAUCAAGAAAAGCCUCAAAUUGAUUUCUCAUUUGAGAAAGUGACUCACGAUGCAACAGACAAUUCUGAAAUCAUUCCCAGAAACCUGAUGAACCAAAUUGAAGUCAGUGACUCACACCAAUCAAAGAUGGCAGUGACAAAUACUGAUGAUUCUUCAAUCUCUCUGGAGGAGAGUUCAUCUUCUUUACAAACCCAUCAAUCAGAAAUCAACGUUCCUUUGGACCCCCAACUUCAGCAGACCAUUGGACACCGAAGAAAAAUGGGGUCUAGACGUGAAAACAAAGGAAGACUCCAUGUCAAUGACUCUGGUGCUGAAUCAGACCAGGAACCUUCUGUGGAUGUGGUUGGAAAUACCAGAGACAAUGAAACCCAGGAAGACACAGGAGAGACUGAAGUGCAGGAAAAAUCAAUUGAAACCUUGAUGAAAGAAACAGACCAAUUUGACACGGCUCACACUGAAGGUGUUAGUGAUCAAGUUAAUGAAAACGCACUGGAUGACACACCUGUUGGCAUCGCUGAUCUCACUAGUUUGGGUUUACAGUCAAGUUUGACCGCAGGUCAUCUGGAGAUUGACCAAUCAAAUUUCAGCUUUACACCAGAUGAAGAACCUCCCAACGUGUGUUCAGUAACGGAAAAAGAAAACAAUGAAGGAGACGAGGACACAGAAUGGUUAAGGCAGGAUGGAAAUUUACGGGACACAUAUUUGCUGAGUGAAGACAUGGAGCCUUCUUUCCCACCAGAGAAAACCAGAGAAGAACAAAGCAGCAGAGAGCGUACAGGACCUGAGUGUAGUGGACAACUAGACAUUAUGUCACCACUGAAAGAGGAGGUGCACACAAAUGAGGGACAAGAUGACAACUUUAACUCACCUGAAGUCACAGGUGAUGAUCAUUCAGAGGAUGCUGUUGUCAAAGUGCAUGAACAAGAUGUUGAGUCAAGAGAAGAUCAAGAAAAGCCUCAAAUAGAUUUCUCAUCUGAGAAAGUGACUCACGAUGCAACAGACAAUUCUGAAAUCAAUCCCAGAAACCUGAUGAACCAAAUUGAAGUCAGUGACACACACCAAUCAAUGAUGGCAGUGACAAAUACUGAUGAUUCUUCAAUCUCUCUGGAGGAGAGUUCAUCUUCUUUACAAACCCAUCAAUCAGAAAUCAAUGUUCCUUUGGACCCCCAACUUCAGCAGACCAUUGGACACCGAAGAAAAAUGGGGUCUAGACGUAAAAACAAAGGAAGACUCCAUGUCAAAGACUCUGGUGCUGAAUCAGACCAGGAACCUUCUGUGGAUGUGGUUGGAAAUACCAGAGACAAUGAAACCCAGGAAGACGCAGAAAUGGCUUUAAAAAUAGAGCCAACAGAAAAUCUAGAAAAGCCUCAAAUGGAUUUCUCAUUUGAGAAAGUGACUCAUGAUGCCAAAGACAAUUCUGAAAUCAUUCCCGGAAACCUGAUGAACCAAAUUGAAGUCAGUGACACACCUCAAUCUAUGAUGGCAAUGACAAAUACUGAUGAUUCUCUUAUUAACCUGGACAAUUCCAACCCAGACAACACACAGGAAGAACAUCCUAAAGAGGAAAACUACUUUGAGACCUCAGAUCAGACAAAUGAGGAUUAUGAUGUUUGUGAUACGAGGAAAACACAAAUCAGCGAGAUAGAAAGAGUAGACACUUGUCAGGUAUUUGAGGGUGAUACAAACCCCAGUGUGGAUCAAACAGCUUUUCAAGAGAAGGAAGAACUGCUGGAGGAGAGUUCAUCUUCUUUACAAACCCAUCAAUCAGAAAUCAACGUUCCUUUGGACCCCCAACUUCAGCAGACCACCACCAGCUUCCACUCCAUUGGACACCGAAGAAAAAUGGGGUCUAGACGUGAAAACAAAGGACAACUCCAUGUCAAAGACUCUGGUGCUGAAUCAGACCAGGAACCUUCUGUGGAUGUGGUUGGAAAUACCAGAGACAAUGAAACCCAGGAAGACACAGAAGAGACUGAAGUGCAGGAAAAAUCAAUUGAAACCUUGAUGAAAGAAACAGACCAAUUUGACACGGCUCACACUGAAGGUGUUAGUGAUCAAGUUAAUGUAAACGCACUGGAUGACACACCUGUUGGCAUCGCUGAUCUCACUAGUUUGGGUUUACAGUCAAGUUUAACCGCAGGUCAUCUGGAGAUUGACCAAUCAAAUUUCAGCUUUACACCAGAUGAAAAACCUCCCAACGUGUGUUCAGUAACAGGAAAAGAAAACAUUGAAGGAGACGAGGACACAGAAUGGUUAAGGCAGGAUGGAAAUUUACGGGACACAUAUUUGCUGAGUGAAGACAUGGAGUCUUCUUUCCCACCAGAGAAAACCAGAGAAGAACAAAGCAGCAGAGAGCGUACAGGACCUGAGUGUAGUGGACAACUAGACAUUAUGUCACCACUGAAAGAGGAGGUGCACACAAAUGAGGGACAAGAUGACAACUCUAACUCACCUGAAGUCACAGGUGAUGAUCAUUCAGAGGAUGCUGUUGUCAAAGUGCAUGAACAAGAUGUUGAGUCAAGAGAAGAUCAAGAAAAGCCUCAAAUAGAUUUCUCAUUUGAGAAAGUGACUCACGAUGCAACAGACAAUUCUGAAAUCAAUCCCAGAAACCUGAUGAACCAAAUUGAAGUCAGUGACACACACCAAUCAAUGAUGGCAAUGACAAAUACUGAUGAUUCUUCAAUCUCUCUGGAGGAGAGUUCAUCUUCUUUACAAACCCAUCAAUCAGAUUUCAACGUUCCUUUGGACCCCCAACUUCAGCAGACCAUUGGACACCGAAGAAAAAUGGGGUCUAGACGUAAAAACAAAGGAAGACUCCAUGUCAAAGACUCUGGUGCUGAAUCAGACCAGGAACCUUCUGUGGAUGUGGUUGGAAAUACCAGAGACAAUGAAACCCAGGAAGACACAGAAAUGGCUUUAAAAAUAGAGCCAACAGAAAAUCUAGAAAAGCCUCAAAUGGAUUUCUCAUUUGAGAAAGUGACUCAUGAUGCCAAAGACAAUUCUGAAAUUAUUCCCGUAAACCUGAUGAACCAAAUUGAAGUCAGUGACACACCUCAAUCUAUGAUGGCAAUGACAAAUACUGAUGAUUCUCUUAUUAACCUGGACAAUUCCAACCCAGACAACACACAGCAAGAACAUCCUAAAGAGGAAAACUACUUUGAGACCUCAGAUCAGACAAAUGAGGAUUGUGAUGUUUGUGAUACGAGGAAAACCCAAAUCAGCGACAUAGAAAGAGUAGACACUUGUCAGGUAUUUGAGGGUGAUACAAACCCCAGUGUGGAUCAAACAGCUUUUCAAGAGAAGGAAGAACUGCUGGAGGAGAGUUCAUCUUCUUUACAAACCCAUCAAUCAGAUUUCAACGUUCCUUUGGACCCCCAACUUCAGCAGACCAUUGGACACCGAAGAAAAAUGGGGUCUAGACGUAAAAACAAAGGAAGACUCCAUGUCAAAGACUCUGGUGCUGAAUCAGACCAGGAACCUUCUGUGGAUGUGGUUGGAAAUACCAGAGACAAUGAAACCCAGGAAGACACAGAAAUAAAUUCACUGAGCAACUCUUUGGUGGUUUUGUCUCAUGUGAAGUCAGAAGACAACAAGUCUUCUUUUGCACUGGAGAUAAGCCCAGAAGGAAGCCCUGAGGAACCCAAUGAAUCUGAAUGCACUGUUCAGCAAGCAGAUUUGUCUGCAAAACAACCUGUAAACUUCCCCCAUGUCACUGGAACUUCACAGGAUUCGGUAAAUCAGAAAGAACACGAAUCCCAAGAAAUGAAUGUUUCAAAGGAGAUGCCUAAAGUUGAACUGUUUUCUGCUCCACAGAUUUUGGCUACAUGCGACGUUGGACUCAAGCAAGCGGAGACAGCUGCAGACGUGCCCGAGCAAAGCGGCACUUCCGGCCCACAGGGGAUGCAAGAAAAUAAUAAUUCCGAUGACAUUGUCAUUUUGCACGGGAGAUCCACACAGAAGAGGAGAAAGAUGGGCUCCACUCGCCAGAGUCAGUUCAAUGGGAAACGUCGGGAGGAGAGAGCCGAAACCCAAGAAGGUGACACAGAAACCGACACGAGGAAUCGUGUCAGAGCGGAACCAGUGGAGGAGUUAACAACGAGUGCCACUGCGGAGUGGGUGUCGCAGAGUGAAAACGCAAAUCUGCCCCUCGGUGUCGUCUGUGCAGAACAGCAGGAAACCCACGAAAGUAGCGCGGUGAAUCCCGAGGAGAUCCCCUCAUCGGAGGCUCUCCCUCCGGAGCAAUCGGCCUCCAUCCAUGAAGAAGUUGUUGAUCCUCUUGAGUUCGUUCAUGCAGCUGAUGUGAAGCUCCAUGAGGGUAGUGCAGCAGUCAGUGGGGAGCCGCGCAAUGGUGGCACAGGGGCGGCCUCCGUGACCCCAACCGACGAGCAAAGAGUGGGUCCUGUAGACAUAGAACAGCGCAGAGCUGUGAUUUCAACAGAAGCUCCUGUCGUUGCCGAUUUGGAAACAGUGACGUCCGGAGGGGAAGGAGAAGCCGCAGAGGAGCACGUCGCCACUCGGGCAAUGGAGCCGCAGACAGACAGCGCCGAGGAAGCCGCUCACAGAGCGAAUCCCCAGGUGAAGAACGCAAGUCCAUGUCUGGAGCCCAAAGACCGGAGGAGAAAGAUGGGCUCCACUCGCAAGAAUCUCAGGACGGGAACCAAACAGGAAGACUCGCAUCAAACGCAGGGCGAGACUCACAAAGUAACCGAGACUGCGGCUGAUGUUGCAGAUGUGAAGACUGAAAGUUUCCCGAGCGCCAUUAAAGACGAGCGACAUGUUGACACCGGCGACAGAGACGGUGGUCCUGAAACCUCGGAGCACAGCCGCGCCAGUGAGUCUCACAAAGCUCCGGCCCACCAGAUGUCAGAAGAAAAACCUGUUUCUCAAGGCCGGAUGUUGGUAACAGAGCAUCGGGUGACUCCCAGUUAUGUCCCAGCAGAACCAUCCACUCCUCCUAAAGACGGUUCAAUGUCAGAAUCAGCGUUUCGUGGGAGAAGGAGAAAAAUGGGAUCCAACCGAAAGUCCCAGGGACACCAAAGCCAUGACAACCAAACUGCAAGAGUGGACCAAAGAAAAGAUACAGAAAAUGAGAGCGAUGUCAGAAGUAUCAGAGAGGAAAAUGCCAUCCACACGGAAGAGCUGAGAGAAGAAAGUUCAACAACUAAGUGUGUUCAGGUGGACCAACGUCACGGGAAGCAAUUAUCCAACCUCAGCAGCUCAAAGGGAGAAGAUCACCACGCGAGGCCUGUCAGUGAGAAGACACCUGAGCCAGUGACUGCAGCUCAACACAACGCUGCUGGGAUCCAAAGUCACGGGAGCCCACAGAGGUUUUCUCUGGACGAUCGACCGGAUCUGAGAUCCAAAGCUUACAACGUGAUGAUGAUUGGAGACAGCAGUGUGGGCAAAUCCUCAUUCAUGAAAAGAGCGCAGAGUGGGAAGUUUUCUUUAGAUUUACCCCCCUCUGUUGGGCUGGAUUCCUGUAUGUGGACCGUGCUCGUGGAGGGGAAACCUGUGGUGCUGCAGUUGUGGGACACGGCGGGUCAAGAAAGGUUUCACAGCCUCACAAAACAGACUUUCCACAAGGCCCACGCAUUUCUCCUCAUGUAUGACAUCACUUGCUCUCAGAGUUUUUCCUCAGUCAGCUACUGGGAAAGCUGUAUUCGGGAAGCAUCCGCAGAAAGUGUGACCAUUUUACUUGUUGGCAAUAAAAGUGAUGGUGCAGAGCGGCAGGUCAAAACUCAAGAGGCGGAGAUUCUUGCUACGGAGUACAGAUUUGAAUUCAUGGAGUGUAGCGCUGCCACAGGUGAAAAUGUGGUUCAGUGUUUGGAAACGAUGGCCAGGAUGUUGAGUGAAAAAGAUGAAACAAGUGAAGUGAACAUGGUCUUGCACAAAGAACCCCCAAAAAAGACUUCCAGAUGUUGCUAAACAAGAUGGAAAGUGAAAGAAACACAGCGAACACACCGCACUGGCCCUCCAGAGAAGGUGCAUCCACAUCACAGCUACGUCUGCUACUCCAACCAUGUUUUACUCAGGUUGUUACACAUUUUUUAAAUGUUAUUUUUUAAUUAUAUAUGCAUACACAUAUACGUUCUUCAAAUAAUGAUUAUAUAAUGAGUUGAAUAAUCAUGUAAAUCUGAUUUCAAUCUAUUUUCAUGUUCAAAAUAUUCAACUUGAAACUGCUGUAACAUCUCAACUGCUGCAACAAGUGCUUUCCCCCCCCCCCCCUGUUUUUUAA